AUGCAAAACGAAAACGCUCCAUCCUGGCUCUUUACUGAUCCGUACGCGUAUCAGUAUUCUGACCUAUCGAAUUACGCUCCAGGAGCAGAAAGAAAUGGAAUCGUGUCGGAACGUAAUGCCGGUACUGCUGAGCUUGACGCUGGACCUCACACGGCUCCUCAAAUCCGACGACCAUCAUACCGCGAGCCGCAGAUGUCCAGAAAAGGCGCCAUGCCAGCGAGAGAUGCUGCUCAAGCUCCCGAGGUGUACGUUGCUCCCGUCUCUCACGAACGGUGGAGUUCGCUGGAGCCAGUCAUGCCCAAUGACCGGUAUCACCAUAUGAGGGCCUUGGACCUUUGCGAGAAGAUCCCCUACGUACCAGAGACGAGUCGGCAGCAUUCGAAGCUGGAAGUCGUCAGUCCAGCUGGACUCAACAAGUCAAAGAGUGCCACCAGCUUUGAUGAUAUACUCCAGAGUGUCGAAUAUGAAAAGAGCAAGUUGAGCUUCAAAACGUGGGAGAUUGAGAGGGCCAGGGGCAGGCGGGCGAAAGCAAGGUUUGAUGCUGGCCAUUAG